AUGAACAAGCAAUCAGAGAAUCGAGACGCCGCCGCGAACUGCAUGCCUCCUGCUGCUGAUGCUGCUGCUGCUGCGCUGCGCCGCGCCGGCGUUGCUUCGGAUUGGAGUGGAGCGGGAUAUCUCUCGCCAGCCCAGCGAGAGCCAAAGCCUCGAGGCAGCGAGCGAGCCACUGAGACGCCAGGUCCGAGGCAGCAGACCGCCAAGCGCAGCACUGUGCCGUUUGGCAGGUUGCCCCCCCACCACCACAAGCUUAGCUGA